UAAUCUGGGUAUAAUCCUCUUGGGAAAAGCAAAAAAAAAAAAAAAAAGGAAAAAAGAAAGAAAAGGAAGUGAUAGCCUUCAUUCUACCUUCAUGGCAAGGCUCAUCUCCCACUUGGAUCACUCCAUCAUCUUUGUAAUUCUAGCAUUCUCAAUUGGCUGCUGCAAGGCAUAUGGUAGUCUAGUGGAGAAGAAGAGCAGUCCCCUCUUUAUAUUCGGAGACUCCACUGUAGAUCCUGGCAACAAUAACCACAUCAACACCAUUCCUGAGAACCGAGCAAAUUACAAGCCAUACGGACAGAAUGGCCACUUUGCAGAACCUACAGGGCGUUUUUCUGAUGGCCGUGUUAUUGUAGAUUUCAUAGCUGAAUAUGCAAGGUUGCCAAGCAUUCCUCCAUUUUUGCAACCCUCAGCUGAAUUCUUCAACGGUGUUAACUUUGCCUCUGGUGGGGCAGGAGUCCUCCCAGAAACCAAUAAAGGACUGGUGAUAGAUCUUCAGACACAAGUGAAAUUUUUCGAAGAGGUUCAAGAAUCAUUGACAGAGAAGUUAGGAGAUGCCAGAGCAAGGGAGAUUGUCUCAGAAGCUGUUUAUUUCGUUAGUAUUGGAAGCAAUGAUUACAUGGGUGGCUAUCUAGGCAAUCCAAAAAUGCAGGAAAAUUAUAACCCAGAACAAUAUAUUGGGAUAGUCAUUGGGAACUUGACUCAAGCAAUCCAAGUACUGUAUGAGAAAGGAGCAAGAAAAUUUGGGUUUCUAAGCUUGUCUCCACUAGGUUGCUUACCAGCACUUAGAGCUCUGAACCCAAAGGCCAGCGAGGGUGGAUGCUUUGAAGAAGCAUGUGCAUUUGCACAAGCACAUAAUAAUGCUUUAAAAGCUGUUCUGACAAGCCUUGAACAUCUACUGAGAGGAUUCAAGUACUGCAACUCCAACUUCUAUGAUUGGCUUCAUGAUAGAAUAAUUAACCCCUCAAAAUAUGGUUUCAAGGAUGGAGUGAAUGCUUGCUGUGGAACCGGACCAUAUGGAGGCAUCUUCACUUGUGGAGGCACAAAGGAUGUCCCACAUUACGACUUAUGCGACAAUGUAGGAGAUUACGUGUGGUGGGAUUCUUUCCAUCCAACAGAGAAAAUCCAUGAAGAAUUUGCAAAGGCUCUCUGGAAUGGACCCUCUUCUACUGUGGGGCCUUACAACCUGCAAGAACUUUUCCUUGGCAAGGAGAUGCUAACUAUUGCGGAUGAAGUUGAUGACCCCAUCAGUGCCAGCCAGCAAUUCAGCUACUAGAGUUGGCAUUGCUUUUUUCCAUGGGUUAAUACCGUAUACAGUUUAGGGUGUGGAAAGCUCGCAAUUUCUUUGAAAAAAAAAAA